UACUCGAAACUUCUUUUUCCCUAUGAAAACACACUUGGAAUCGGUGCGCUAUCUCGAAGGCUCGUCGCGGCCGGCCGAGACAACGACCUUAUGGAGGUCUACCGUGAGUUUGGCCUUCACAGGAUGACGCCAUCGAGUCUGGUCCCAGAAAAUACUUGUGGGAACGAAGUGUUCGAUUACCAUCGCCUGUAUAACGCCUCUCUGAAAGAUAUUCCGCGCCCCUCAAGCUGGCACGCCGGCCCUCCUGGGCACCAGCUAGUGGCCGAUAUGUUAUUCAUGCACUACGCAGAGGUGUUCCUCAAGGCUGUCGGACGCCUCGAGGACGUAGCGCCGGGCGUCACUGCUAGACAGCUCCGAGAUUCCGGCGGAGAAAUAAUACCGGGCGAUGCCGCUGUCUCUAGUUCUGAAAGGGAGACUCGCGAAAGCAUCCGCGAUCUAACGUCACUUCGAGAGACCCUUGGCUUGGUGGUAGAGGCCGUUGACGAUAAUGACAACGUGUAUAUGGGCGGUGGACGGGGCGAUAUCCUUCCUCCGCCCGCGUGGUGUGCGGGGUGGCGUUUUUGCUUGGGAGCGGGCAGCUACAGGUGCGCCAACACGUACUUCCCUCAGGCCGCGGGAAAAGGUGCCAGGCUCGUGGGCAUGGUAUCCGCCAAAUCGCCUGCCAUUUUGAAUCUCGAUCACAAGGAAAUGAUCGCGGAGCCGACCAGCGGUCAUUGGGCGAUGACGCUGAAUGAGGAGUCUGAACGUCUUUUGGAUUACUUGAAAACGUUUCCGCCGGAAGGUUUUCACCAUCCGAUAGACUUGAAGCUCGUUUUGGUUGGAGACGCGGCCUCCGGAGCAAUCGAGUUUGAGUUCGAAACGAUCGGAGUUCCCGCGGGAACAGAGGGGUGGCUGUCCGAGGAGGAGGAGGAGGAGGAGGAGGAGGGGAAGGACGACAGAGCGGAGGAACUGGUGGAUGGCAACGAGGACCAAGAGGCUGCGAAAGAGGAGAAAGUAGACGAAAAACAAGAAGAGGCGGGCAGUCAUCGAGCGAUGCAGGAUCAGCUGCAGCAGAUGAAUUCGAUGUCUCAAGACUCGCGGGUGGUCAUCUGCAAGCCAGAUUUUAUCACCCGCGUCGACUUCACGGACUCGACCCAGGUUACGUUCAGGGUUGAUGGAGUCGUAGCUAUAGCUGAGGAGCUUGAGCAGGGUUUUAUGACACAAGGAUCGUGCGUGAUCCUUGAGACAGACGUCGGAGUAGGUCGACACACGGUCUCUGUGGAACCACUCCACAGCGGAGCGCCCUAUGUGGCGGUUUCCCACUUGUUGUACCCGGCGUAGCUGACGGACUCAACUCACGUAUUUGUCAUGUGAUGACGGUCGUUUUCGCCAUAGCAUAUCCCGAUGUCGGUAGGUUUGGUGUAUUUUCAACUGCAAGGGGUGAAAUGGUGUACGGCCCGAAGUGAGUGUACAGUAUUCAUAGCGUCACCGUCAAAAAUUGUGAUUGCAGGGAAGUCUUGAAGGACGCUCUUCUAAUCCCUUUGUAUCGUCGUGUCGUGUUUCGAGGGCUUUCUUUGUGGUUUGACUUCUUGGAGUUUGAUCAGAAUAUCUCUUCUCAGACGCAAGCUGUUUCACC